AUGAGCUCCACACAGCAGAAACGCUCGAUAUACGAUCAAGAACUCCUGGCGUUGGUCACCGCCCUGGACAGGUGGUCUCACUUGCUCCGAGUUGCAAGGGUUACGGCUCAUACUAAUCGCCAAGCUCUCACCUAUCUCCAACGACUCCAAGCAUCGAAGCCUCUGCGCGAAAGCACCGCCCAGUGGUUAGAUUUCCUGGCCAAGUUUCCGGAUUUUCACAUUGCUUACGUUCAAGGUCUUCUCCUUUUAACGGCAGGGCACGACUCGAUUCUUGUGAUGGUCGACUCCCUCAGCAAGAUGCCCCAUUUCGUUCCUGCAAAGAAGUCAUUCACAGCAGUACACACCGUGGAGCUUCUCGCAGACCGCCUUAUCCGCUAUCACGGCUUUCCAGAGGGGCUCAUAUCGGACUGA